AUGAAAUUUCCGUCUCGCAGCGUCGAGAUAGCGUACCGCGCGCUCAACGGCCACAUUCGACUUGCACGGCGGUUUGGGCCGCGUCGAGUGGAAGACGACGGGCAUGAGCGAAUACCAUGCUACGUUAAGGCUUUCCGAUACGGACGGGAGGUUCUGUCCACCUUCGAGGGUUGGAGUGUUUCCAACUCGGUAUCGGGUUCAGUGGGCCUUGACGUCGGUUUCAUCAAGGACUACCUUAAAACAAGUCUAGGCAUCAACUACUCUAGGACCUGGACAACGGCCACGACUGACCAGUACUCGACUCUUGUCAAGAACGGUAACGCUGGCGUCUGGUUCACCCAGCCAUAG